AUGGCGGCCCUCAAGACCUACAAGGCGGCUGUGUGCGUCAUCCCGCCGCGCCACGCCUGGUCGCGCAUCCAGGACUGCCGUGUGUUCAAUGACAAGUCGUUCAGCAGGUGGCCUCCGCACAUCAACCUUCUGUACCCGUUCGUCGAGCCCGCCGGCUUCCAGCAGGCAGCGCAGCUGUGCCGCGAGGCGUUGCAGUCGGUCCGGACCUUCCAGGUGACCCUGGCAGAGCUGGACUUCUUCGAGCACGACAGGAGCUGCACGCUGUGGCUGCGCCCCGACGCGCAAGAGCUGCUGGAGGUGCAGGCGGCGCUGGCGCGGGCCUUCCCGCAGUGCGGCGACCUCAGCACCAAUGCCGGGCGGCGCAUCCAGCGCUUCACCCCCCACCUGUCGCUGGGCCAGUGGCGCACGCGGGGCGACGUGGUGGCGGCGAUGCAGCGGCAUGCCGCCAGCUGGCAGCCCGUCACCUUCCAGGCAGCAGGCGUCGCCCUGAUCAGCCGCCACGGCUUUGACGACCCCUUUUCAGUGCAGUGGUGGGUGCCUUUCGGCGGUGGCGAGCCAGUCUUCCUGGGCGCCCCCUACUGUGCCACGGCGGGCGACUGCUGCCUGCCAGCCGCCAGCAGCGGCGGCGGCGCGGCGGCGACAGCGGGCGCGGGCGGCGUGGCGGCGAUCGCGCAGCAGCUGGUUGGCAUCGGCGCUGCACGGCCGGACGGCAGCGUGUGGAACUUUGCCUACGGCGCCAACAUGUGCCCCCGCAAGCUCGGCGGCGCCCGCGGGCUGCACCCGCUGGAGUCGCUGCCUGCGCAGCUGCCGGGGUGGCGGCUGAGCUUCACGCACCGCGGCGCCAUGGGCAACCUGGUGCGCACGGCGGGCGGCGCGGCCAGCGGCGGCGCCCCCGAGGCCGUGCACGGCCUGCUGCACCGCCUCUCCCCCGCAGACUUCUCGCGGCUGGCCAACAUGGAGCACGAGUACAGGCCGGUGGAGGUGGAGGUGCAGCCCUACGGCGGCGGGCCCGCCGUGCCGGCAGUGGCGUUUGCGACGCCCGAGGGCCGCUGCAUCGCCGACGGCCUGCCGCCGCCGCAGAGGUACCUGGAGCUGCUGCAGGAAGGGGCCCGCCACUGGCAGCUGGACCCUGCAUACGUGCAGUGGCUAGACGGCAUGCAGAGCGUGGACAGCAGGCAGAGAGGUGCUGCCUACUACACAUCAGCCGCCGGCUCGCCGCUGGCGGCGCUGCCCAAGAUCAGGACGGGGUCGCAGCAGCAGCGGCAGCGGCGGGGGCAGCAGGGGCGGCGCGGCCAGCAGGGGCGGCCAAUUGCAUUAUGA